AUGAGACGGAGUGAGUGCGACAAGGUGCAAUGCGUCACCAUUGAGUGCGACAAGGUGCAAUGCGUCACCAUUGAGUGCGACAAGGUGCAAUGCGUCACCAUUGAGUGCGACAAGGUGCAAUGCGUCACCAUUGAGUGCGACAAGGUGCAAUGCGUCACCAUUGAGUGCGACAAGGUGCAAUGCGUCACCAUUGAGUGCGACAAGGUGCAAUGCGUCACCAUUGAGUGCGACAAGGUGCAAUGCGUCACCAUUGAGUGCGACAAGGUGCAAUGCGUCACCAUUGAGUGCGACAAGGUGCAAUGCGUCACCAUUGAGUGCGACAAGGUGCAAUGCGUCACCAUUGAGUGCGACAAGGUGCAAUGCGUCACCAUUGAGUGCGACAAGGUGCAAUGCGUCACCAUUGAGUGCGACAAGGUGCAAUGCGUCACCAUUGAGUGCGACAAGGUGCAAUGCGUCACCAUUGAGUGCGACAAGGUGCAAUGCGUCACCAUUGAGUGCGACAAGGUGCAAUGCGUCACCAUUGAGUGCGACAAGGUGCAAUGCGUCACCAUUGAGUGCGACAAGCUUGCGACAGAGGAGACAGCUGGCAGGGCGACAUGGGCAGGGGAGGGCAAUGCACAUGGAGGGCAAGAAGCGAGAGCAGCCACCCCCCACCCCCUCAGCGCGCGCAGCUGGGUGCUUCAGCAGCGCCUGUCUCACCCGAAGUGCCGCGUCCACGCCACCACCACGCGCCUCGUCACCCACAGCGAUGUCAGCGCCACUCGCGUGCCGUCCAACGCCAUCACCUCCACGCCUGCUAGCGCCGCCGCCCACGACGCCGCGACGGGCGCCGCCGCUCCGCUGGAUGGCGCCGCCGCGUUCGACGGGCCGCGGGGCUCGCCGGCCGGCUCCGGCUCCGACGGGCGCGGCGACGCGGCCUCUGGCGGCGGUGGACCGUUGGCCGCCGCGUUGACCGCCACCCGCCGACGCGUUGACUCGCGUUGA